AUGGCGCCUCGUUUAUUAAAGAAUUAUCGAGUUUAUAUACUCACGUCGGUGGCUUAUUUGGGCUCCCUUCUUUUUGGAUAUGACACGGGUGUCAUGAGCUCGGUCCUUGCACUGGACAGCUUCAAGAGAGACUUUGGUCUCCCACUCUCAACAUCAGGAUUCGCCUCAGAUACAAACGCACAAGUCUCUUCAAACGUCGUCAGUCUCCUCACAGCAGGAUGUUUCUUCGGAUCCAUCUUCGCAGCAUUCAUUAACGACCGUAUCGGUCGUCGAUACUCUCUCAUGAUCUUCUCCGUAAUCUUCCUCGUUGGUGCAGCCAUGCAAGUCGGUGCUCUCCAUGAGAUCGGAUUGAUCUACGCAGGUCGUGUGGUUGCCGGUCUAGGAAUCGGAGGAAUGUCAAGUAUCACACCUGUUUUCGUGAGCGAGAACUGUCCCCCAGAAUAUAGAGGUAGAAUUGCUGGUAUGUUCCAGGAAUUCCUGGUCAUUGGUAGCACUUUCGCCUACUGGUUGGAUUAUGGUGUAUCGUUGCAUAUUCCCUCGGGCACAAAGCAAUGGCGUACUCCUGUUGCUAUCCAGCUUGUUCCGGGUGGAUUGAUGCUUAUCGGUCUCUUCUUUUUGAAGGAGUCUCCUCGGUGGCUGAUGAAGCAGGGUCGUCGUGAAGAGGCACUUGCAUCUUUGGCUUAUAUUCGUAAUGAGCCUGAGAAUAGUGAGGAGGUACAGAAAGAAAUUGCGGAGAUUCAUGCUGCUAUUGAGGAAGAGACGCAGGCUACUGAGGGUGUUACUUGGAAAGAGUGUUUGCAGAAAAGUAACCGAUAUCGAUUCUUCUUGGGCUCUGUCAUUAUGUUCUGGCAGCAGUUCUCGGGUACAAACAGUAUUGGAUACUAUGCCCCUCAGAUCUUCGAGUCGAUUGGUAUUAGUUCCACGAACUCUUCACUUUUCGCAACUGGUAUCUAUGGAACUGUCAAGGUUAUUGCUACCGCUAUCUUCCUGUUUAUUGGAAUUGAUCGCUGGGGCCGAAAGAACUCUUUGAUUGGCGGCGCUGCCUGGAUGGCUGUUAUGAUGUUCAUCAUUGGAGCUGUGUUGGUUACUCACCCCCCUAACCCAGAUGCUACCAGCGUCUCUUCAGCUUCCACCGCCAUGGUUGCCAUGAUCUACCUCUAUGUCAUUGGAUAUUCCUUCUCAUGGGGCCCAACACCUUGGGUGUACUUGGGAGAGAUCUUCCCAACUCGCCUUCGUUCAUAUGGUGUUGGUCUGGGAGCUGCUGUUCAAUGGCUCUUCAACUUUGUCAUUACCGAGAUCACUCCCCGAGCCAUUAACAAGAUUGGCUGGAGAACUUUCAUCAUGUUCGGUGUCUUCUGCACUGCCAUGGGAAUAUUUGUCGCUAUCUUCCUUAAGGAAACCAAGGGCCGGACCCUGGAGGAUAUGGAUCUUAUUUUUGGAUCUAUUGAUCCAGAACAGCGAAAUGCAGACAUCGAACAAACACUGCACAAGCACGAUGUCGAACAUGAAGAGCAUGUUGAACACGAAGAGAAGAAAUAG